UCCUGCAGGGGAGUGGUCUACCUGAAGCUCGACUCCACCCUGCCGGUCUGCAGCGACAGUGACCUUAAGAAGAAGGACAUGGGGAGCGAGCUGUGUCAGGGCUUUCGCUGUGGGGAUUUCGAGAAGUGGGGUGAUGCAGACAGAAGGGAGAAAGGGUAUCACGUCCAGAAUGGCAGGCCAGAGACAAACUCUGAUUGUGUCUUACUGGAAAUUCACUGCAAAGCUGGUGCAGACAGUAAGCAGCUGGGGGCCUAUAAGGCAGUGACAGGCUUACUCUGUGUUCUGAUUCUGCUGGUGGUGCUGGUGAAGUUUGGACCCCACAUCUACAGCACUGUUUCUAAGAGACUGCUGGGGCGGAGGAAGAGGGAGUGGAUAGGACCCACAGAGAGUCAGAGCGUUUCGAUCUACAGAGCACAGACUGGACUCCAGCCUAACAACAACACAGACAAGAGGCUGUCCUUCCCUGGUUUGGAACGAUUAGCAGUGCAUAACAGCAGAGAACCAUCCUCAAACCGGAACAGUGACUACGACUCGUAUAAUUAAACCUUCAUCAUCAUCGUCAUCAUUUUAAUGAGUACCAAA